AUGUCUAAAAGAUCUCAACGUGAAAGUUAUUCUACUGAUCAAAACAAUAAAGAUCCACUUGAACCUUCAAGUUCUAAAAGAGUUCGAUUUCAAACGUCCGAUGAUUCUGCAGCAGCUGAGUCAAAUGUAAAAGAAGAGGGUGAAUAUGAAUUUGAUCAUGAAACCUCUUUAGAAAAAGCCAAACUACGUCGUGGUGCAGUUAAACUUCAAGGAUAUGCAAGUGAUGAAACAGAUACAAGUGAUGACGAUGGUACAGCUCUUUUUAACCGUCGAAAAGGUAAAGACAAAGCUGAUGAUUUGGAUGAUAUGUUUGCGGAUGAUGAUGAUAUUUCAUCUAAACAAAGAGGAGAGGAUGUAAUUGGGAAGAAAAAGGUUAGGUAUUUGGAAUUGGAUGAAAUUGAAGGUCAAGAAUAUACAUCUAGGGAUGCAUACGAUGAAGAAUCUGGAGAACCUAUAAUUGAAGCUUUUAAUAUGAAAGCUGAAAUGGAAGAAGGUAGAUUUGAUGAAGCGGGAAAUUAUGUUCGUAAUAAAAAAGACCCCAGCGCGUUUCAUGAUAAUUGGCUUCAAGGUCUUUCACAGAAAGACAUUGAAAAAGCUAAACGAGCACAUGAAAAGCAAGAGCAAGACAGAAAACUUAAAGAAGCUGAAGAAGCUUCAAGAGGUCCACUAGAUCGGGUUUCAAUAUGGAAGGAACUUUUAGCAAUCAUGAAACGGGCAUUACAAGAAAAAAAGAAGGGCAAAACAGAUGAAACAAUGGAAAUGGCAAUUGAUAAAGAAGAACUCACACCUGAAGAAGUCGCUGAACAAGAGCGCAAGAAACAAAUAGAAAUUCUUACUGAUCUAUCUGAUAAAAUGAUGGCAUUAGGACAUUUUAAUGUUUAUGAUGAUACAUGGGAACAAAUCCUAAGAAAUUUGAAAAGAGAAAAAGCAGUUCCAGAAGAUUGGAUACCAGGAAAUUUUGAGGAGGAGAAAGAAGCUGAAAAUGAUUCAUUAAAUACACCUUUUGAUGAUUUUUCAAGUAGUAUAGCGACAACACAACAAUUAUAUUGGGAAUAUAAAUGGACAGACACGUCAGAUGCUAAUUCUAAUGAUAUAUAUGGACCAUUUUCGGGAGAAGAUAUGAAAGCUUGGAAUGAUCAAGGAUUUUUUGCACAAGGAGUUUUAGUGCGAAAGGCAGGUACUGAAGAUGAAUUUACUAGUUCCACCGGUAUUGAUUUUACUAGUUUUACUUGA